UGAAGAUCCUUUUUUUUACGUACGAAUCAGACGGCACUGAGGAUGACUUAUUUAGUAUUUUAGAUGGACCGUUCGUGCAAUCGAUUUUCAAUGCAAGUCUGGCUACCCUAAUUAGUUUCGAAGAGCAACAAUCUGGCAACCCUAUGUACUUUCUAUUUAUUUCCAUUGCAAAAAAAAUUGUUAAAGUUUACAUUUAUAUUAAAUUGCGUGUUAAAUAUAUGCCAAAAAAGCCAUUAAAAUGGCAAGGUAAACUGCGGACCAGCUGUGGAAUGUUUAGAAGCAGCGUUAUAUAGUGGAAAACAGUUUGAUUAUCAAAUUGCCAAGGUCGAAAAAGCAAAAUUAAUUUAAUUGCCCAAGUGCCAAAAAAAAAAAGAAGAAACCUGCAAAUGUUGUCAAUUCCAAAGAAACAAAACCUACUACAACAGCCACAGCAACCAUAACCAGCAUAAUAAUGAGUGGGAGUGGGAGGAACAAGAACAAAUAUAAACUCAUAAACAGCAGCAGCUUCUAAAUAUAAUUCAUUUUUGAAAAUACUCGGAGGCAAAACAAUCAAAAAGCACAAAAAAUUAUUGUGAUAACCGUGCGUCCCGCCAAGCACCAAUCGACAAAGUCUCUUCCUCCAAUCACCACCUUAUCAACAAUACCCAUUAGGAGAAGCAACAAUGAGCUGGCUACGCUCCAGCCCACUACGUCAGAGCCUUACCCGGACUACCAGUUCCGGCAAUGGCAUACGCCCCAUAGAUGCUGCCACAGAUUGUGAUCCCCGAGCCUGUUACGAUAGCUUCUGCAAGCACUGGCAACAGGCAUAUGACAUCAUCCAGCAUUCAUCGGCUCCCGCUCCGACCCAUGAUGAUGUUCUUGGUGUUGUAUCUCAUUUGGACUAUAUGGUCACUUUGUUGCUAGUGGAAUUGCAUAAUUGCAAUAAAAUUAGCCUGGCCGAUAGCAAUGCUCCUCCAACAGCACCAUGCCUAGAAUAUUUGCUGAGUGAGAAUCUGCUGGACAAGCUUUACGAAUGGGCCGCCACAACGGGGCGUUAUGCCAAUGCUGUGAGAUUAGAACAAUUGAAGCUAUACGAACUGCUAGUGAGUCAUUCGCGUCAUCAGUUGCUGUGUCACGAACCAUUCCUGCGUCCAUUGCUUAAAAUUCUGGCCUCCAGUCAGGGCGAGAUAUUUCCGCCUGAUUUGGAGAAACGUUUGGUCAUUUUGCUUAAUCAAUUGUGUGUGGUCCUGAUGCAAAAUGUUCAUCUUCUCGAUUUGUUCUUCUUUUCCGCACAAACGCAAGUCCAAGAGCAGAUUCAAAAUGGUAAUGUGCCACCGCCAAAAAGUGGCACCACCACCAACUUCAUCAUAUUCUCCCUGCUUAUACCAUAUGUUCAUCGUGAGGGCAGCAUCGGUCAUCAGGCUCGGGAUGCUUUGCUCCUUUGCAUGGCACUUUCUCAAAAGAAUUCCAACAUUGGCACCUACAUUGCCCAAUACUCAUCGAUAUGCCCCCUGCUGGUCACUGGAUUGGGUGGCCUCUAUUCCCGUCUGCCCAAUAGCAUUGAGAUCAACUCCAUUGAUUGGCAUCGCAUCACCCCAGACGAUGUCACCGAAAUACCCGAGCUUAAUCUUUUUAUGAAUGCCCUGGAGUUUUGCAAUGCCGUCGUCCAAGUGGCCCAUGAGAUGAUUAAGCAGCAAUUGCUGGACUUUAUGUAUCAGGGAUUCAUUGUUCCAGUUUUGGGUCCGGCCAUACUCCAGACACUGAAGGGCAAACAUUUUCAGACGAACAUCGAUUCACAAAUAUCGGCCAUGUCGUAUCUGGAUUUGAUAUUGCGUUCCAUUACCGAGCCGGGAUUACUGCGGGCCUUUGUCAAAUUUCUGCUGGAUACGGAAAAGUUUGAUGGUGAACGUAUACUGGAUGCUCUGGUCGAGCGUCUCAAUUCGCCGGAUGGAAAUCUAUGUAUGGUCACGAUGGCCUUGUUUGACACACUUCUCGGCCUGCACUGUGAGGAUCUGAUGCUGGAAUUAAUGCUCAAAUAUAUGUUGCCGGGAAAGCAUGUGCCCAUUUCGCAUCGCCACAAGAUCAACAAAAUCGAUCCAUAUUUAAAUAGUACAGAGUUCUUUUUGGAACUUACACCCGAUGUGAUGAAACGAGCCAGAGAUUUGGCCAGGCCAAAGAGUGUCAACGAGCAUCAACAGGAGUCGGCGCUGCCGAAUGAGCUGUCAUUGCCGAGCUUACCAUCGCCGGUGAUGAGUAAAACGAUUGGCGCGAAUUGGAAUUAUUAUGGCCUCCAUACGGGAGACAGUUUGUAUGCCAAUCUGCAAGCCUAUCUCUUUGAGGCUCACUGGAGGAUAGCUCAAUGUCAGCGGGAUUGCCUCAAGUGGGCGAAUAGUUAUCGUUAUCAGAAGUGGCCACGGCAGGGACAACCACAAAAUCGUUUGCAUAAUCAUGCCUUGGAAUUGGCAAAACAAUUCUUUAUUGAAUUCGGCGGUGAGGGAAUAGGAGGACUUGGCGGCGGAGCUGCCAUAGCCAGCGAAGCGGGUGAGAAACAAUUGGAUAGCCUACAAUCGAUUGGCGAAUCGAGUGGCUAUGAAUCCUUUAAGUGGCGACCAGCCGAUGAGGAUGUCAGUGCUAGUAGCGGCAAUGGCACAGGUUCGGUCGUUGUGGGUGAUCAUCCUGGCCAUGAUGUGACCAUAAGUGAAUCGGAUGUGGAUGGACAUAAUAUUAGCAGCAGUCUGAGUAACAGCAGCGGGCGACGUGAGUCCUGGCGUAUCUCACAUAAUACGCGUAAUGAGUUGCUAUUGACUGAUUUGGAUUUCUCUGAAGAUUUGUUUGCUCAGGGCACCGUAAGCUUAGGUCCCUUUCUUAAUGCCAUUUGGGGCAAAUUACAAACCUUCACUAGCAAUUCACUGUAUGUAAAUCUUCAUUUAACUGGGCUAAUUACACGCCUGGCCUGGUAUCCCUUGCCAUUGAUACACUCUUUACUGCUCCGUUCGGAUAUAGUCAUUACAUCGGAUACACCAUCGUUUCAUCAGGUUCUGCGCAUCCUGAAACAGCAAAUCGAUGCCGAGUUGCCAGUAACUGAAGAUUCACUUGAGAUAAUCGAUGUGGCACGCUCAUCGCUGAUCGAUCGGGAAUUCCGUUUGGUUAAUGCCCGCAAGGGUAACGAGAAUUCCCCGCUACAUCAGCAGCAAUCGCUUCAGCAUCCACAUCAUUUGCAGCCGCUGCCAGCGCCACAACAAACGGGAGCAGGAGCUCAACAGCGUUCCGCCUAUGCCACUCUAUCGGCCGCUACACCUGUCCAGGCCACACCCUUCAGUGCCUACGAUCCUUUCAAGCGAAGUAACAAUAGCAGGAGAAGCAUUAGCAAAUCCAUCACCAGCAUGUUCAGCCGCAAAUCCACACUCCCAGCCCCGGCCAUAGCUCCGACACCAGCUUCAUCUGGCUUAUCACAAAUUUACGCAUUCUUCACCGGGGCUGCCUCUACAAUAAUGGGCAAUAACAAUCAACAAUCGAGCAAUCAAACCCAUUUGAAUUCCUCAUCCUCCUCCGCUGUUACAACAUGUGAGACAAGUCUCAGCACCCAGCCCCAUGCGACAGGACCAGGAUCUGCACAGCUACGCACAACUUCAUCAACCAUAUCAACGUCUAGUGGAACCACAGCUGGCAGCGGUGGCGGCGGCGGCAGUGGUUCCAAUAGUAGUUUCAGCAUAGGUGGCUCUACCCAAACCCUAUCCGCCCACUCCAAUAAUACGACAAAUUCAUCGAGCACUUUGCAUGGAGGGCUCGAUGGUAUUGGUCCACCAACAGGUAGCUUUAAUUCCGAACCGGUAUCACUUGACUCGGUGGGCUCAUCGAUGGGCAUUAUAGCCAAUACCAGUGGCACGGAACGAUCCCGGGACUUGGCCCUCUGUGCGGUUCUGCUCGAUGAAUGGCUCAAAGAGCUGGCGGCUAUAGCACAAGAGCAGAGCAUUGUGCUGGUCACAGAUCAAUGGCUUUGACAUGGUCCAAAGACCACAACAAAGAUACAGAUACAGAUGAUAUAUAUAGAUAUAUUAGUUGUAAUGCAAAU